AUGGGUGUUGUUUCCAUUCGAGUUUGCUACGAUCUGAAUGGACAAGCAAUAUGGGGAAGCAAAAAUGGAGGAAGUGGAGGAAUUAGAUUGGACAAGAUAGCUUUUGAUUAUCCAUCCGAAAUCUUGACUCACAUAACAGGAUAUUAUGGAUCAACAAUAUUAAGAGGGCCUACAGUUGUGAAAUCACUCACAUUUUACACCAACAAAAAGAAGUAUGGACCAUUUAGAGAUGAACAAGGGAUUUCUUUCUCCUCUGGAUCUAAUAAUGGAGUCAUUGUUGGAUUUCAUGGAAGAAAGGGGUUCAUCGAUAGCAUUGGAGUCCAUGUCCUAGAAGGAACAUUUUCAAUCUCUAGACCAAUACCUCGGCCUACUUAUGAGUCCAUUGAUACCAAUGAAGUUCAAGUAUACGAGGUAAUCCUUGGAGCGGCGAAGGAAGCAGCUCCACCAGUAUCAGGGCCAUGGGGCGGGGGUGGAGAUAAGCCCUGGGAUGAUGGAGUGUUCUCUGGGGUGUACAAAUUUUUCUUGACCAAAGGAGAAGCCAUAUAUUGUAUACAAAUCAAGAAUGACAUAAAUGGCCAAUCUGUUUGGUCAGUUAGGCAUGAAGGUGGUAGUGAAGGAAGCUCUAAUAUGAUAAAUAAGCAUAUCAAAUUUGACUACCUAAAUGAAAAGUACUAA